AAAAGGCCCAUUUGCAAUGUGGUUGAGUUACAAGUCGUCGACAUUACAUUCCAUAGCGUUGAAUAAACUAAUAGGACGCUUCUCUCCUUCAAGAAAUUUACAGUUGUCAGCUUGGAGACUUUGUCAAUACGAAGAGGAAACAGUUGCAAAUUCUUCAGGAAUAAGAACGGAAACCGGACAUCAAUUGGAGACUCGUGCCAGUGUGAAGGACAGAGGUGUCGCAGAAAGGGCCUUUCAUACUCCCGUAGGAAGUUUCGAUCGAACAGUCGUCCAUCCUUACUGCGUACGCAUAUUUAAUGUCCCAAAGGAUUUGCAAGAAGAGAAGCUAGUAAAAGUGAUGGGUGAAUUCGGAGAACUGCAACAGUUUAGCUUAUCUGAAGAACACAAUGCCAACGGUGUUCUUAGGUGUUUUGCUACCGUAGGUUUUACGCGAAUUGAGGCAGCUGACAAAGCACUUUCUAUGGAUGGAAAACUAUUUGAGGGAAGAACUUUGAGAAUUUGUAGGCUUCGAAUGAAUCCUCCCAAGUCAGACCUCCUUGGAGGAAGGACUAGUUCCUGAAGGCCUAUCAACCAAGUUCGGAAAUUUGAUUUGUUUCCUAGGCGGCAGUCUAAAGGUAGUAGGAUUUGUAGUACAUCAUGUGACGUGAUAAGUAAAGCACAUAGUUGUCGA